GAUUAUAAAAGCAAAUUCUGAUAAUGUACCUAAUAUUGAUAUAUUUAUGGUAGCCGAUUUUCUAAAAAAUGAUGUUCGGUUUAAUUCUGCGGAAGUUCGAGGCGCCAAGGCAUUGAUAGCAUCGCGUGAAAGUUACGGCGACAAAGCUGUGGGUUAUGCUCAACUUUGUCGUAAAAAUGGAAUUUGUAUUUUAAAAGCACGUGUAUCUCCAGAACAUCGAGUUCGAAGCAAAGCCUAUUUAGUUACAUUAACAAUUAAUGAAAGGUUAAGAAAAGUUCAGGAUAUUAAAUGCCAUGACUGUGCAGCUUCAGCAGGUGGUUGCAAACAUGCAUUGGCAUUACUUAUGUGGACCCAUCGCAGGAGCGAAGAUCCGACACCUACAGAAGUUGCUUGCUACUGGAAGAAGUCUAAAUUAUCAGGCGUAGGAACUACAGUAAAAUAUAUUCAAGCUGAAAAAUUGACAAAAAAAAACACAGUUACUUCAGUUGAAAAUUUGCCAGAUAACAAAACAUUUUUGAAAGAAAAAAGUGAUUCGCAAGUUCAAAAUUUUUUAGAGUUCGCAAAGAUUGCAAUGAAAGAAGCUGUGUGCCAAGAGGCUGAAGAAUUAACAAAACAACAAAGUGAGUGUGCAAUUUGGCAUGAACUUCGAUAUGGACGCAUAACAGCUUCAAAAUUUUAUGAAGCUGCUCAUUGUAAAACUGAUAAUGGGUCACUAGUACAACAAAUCAUUGGUGCUGGUAAAGUUUAUCAAACAAAGGCUAUGGCACGAGGAAAGAAGCUGGAAAAGAAAGUUAUUGAAGUUCUGGAGAAAGAACUAAAAGUAGAAAUUGCGCCUUCAGGAAUUUAUCUUUCACAUAGCCAUCCAGUGUUUGCAGCAUCUCCUGAUGGAGUAACUAGUGAUGCUAUAAUUGAAAUAAAAUGUCCCUCAAGUCAAAAAUCAAUGUACACUUUUUUGCCAAAGGGCAAAAUAAGCUUAAAGUGUAAUGCUCAAAUGCAACUGCAAAUGUUAAUGACAGGUAAAAGAAAGGGUAUCUUUUGUGUUGCCGAUCAAAACUUUGAAGACAAUCAAAAAAUUUAUGUUAGCGUAUUGAAAUAUGAUGAUGCAACUACUCAAGAUCUCAUUAAAAAAUGUAUAGUAUUCUGGUCCAAAAAUAUAUACCCAAAGCUGAUCAACUCUGUACAAAGAUAA